CUGUAGACUUGUUUAUGAACGUUAAAUAAUAUAAAUAGGUAGUGUAGUUGAGUGGUUUUUUCCAUAGCAUCUGUUGAAUAAAAAAUCUGAUAAUGAACGCUUAUAAUAAAGUUGUACAUCGUGCAUCUAUCAAAACUUGGAUAAUAAGAUCUUUUUCUAUUAACACUGCGGCUGUGCAAGGCAAUACAGAUAGUAAACACGUAAAAUCAUGGAAGGACAUUCCUGGGCCUACGUCUUUACCAAUUAUUGGUCAAAUUCUACACUUUAUUUUACCAGGAGGUUUGUUAUACAAUCGCAAAGUGGAAUUAGCGGAGAUUUUAUACAAAAACUAUGGAUCCAUUGUUAGAUUGGAAGGAGGUAUCGGCAUGUCACCAAUAAUCUUCCUCUAUGACCCAGAAGUUGCAUUAAAUAUAUUCCGGAAUGAAAAUGAGAUGCCAGUCAGGCCUGGAUUUGAUGCUUUGGAAUAUUUCAGAAAGUCUUACUACAAGAGAGAAGACAAUCCGUGGGAGAAAACAACUGGCUUGAUAACUGAACAUGGUGAGCCGUGGAAGAAAUUUCGAUCCACAGUCAACCCAGUAUUGCUGCAACCAAGGAAUAUAAUAAUGUACACUAAUGCUCUCAACGAAGUAGCUGAAGAUAAUAUGGUUAACAGGAUAAGAUCGAAACGUAAUGAAAAUAACAUGCUAAAUGCAAAGUUCAAUACAGAAAUGACUUUGUGGGCGCUAGAAGCAAUCGGAGUAGUUGCAUUGGGGUCUCGACUGAAUUGCUUGGAUUCUAAUCUCCCGAGAGACUCCCCAGCAAUAAGGCUGAUCAACGCUAUUCACUACGUGUUCGUAUUAGUUGAGAAACUUGACUUCGAGCCCAGCCUUUGGAAGUAUUUCUCAACUCCCAUCUUCAAAGCUGCAAUGAAGUGCUUUGAUGAACAUACAAAACUUAGUGAUUAUUUAGUACAAGAAGCUAUUGAUCAACUAAAGAAAAAUGAGAGUAAUGAUAUUAAAAGUGAUAAAGAAAAAGGAAUUUUAGUUAAAUUACUCGAAAUCGAUCACAGAGUUGCAGUUAUAAUGGCAAGUGAUAUGUUAUUCGCCGCUAUUGAUACAACAGCCAACACAAGCAUUGCUACAUUAUUACAUCUAGCCCAAAAUCCCGAGAAACAGAUUAAAUUGAGAGACGAGAUCAGGUCAAAAGACGAAAAAAAGCAGUAUUUAAAAGCAUGCAUCAAAGAAUCGCUAAGACUAAUACCUGUAGUAGGAGGAAACUUUAGAAGAACAACUAAAGAACAUAACGCAAUGGGAUACAGAAUACCGAAAGAUAUGUUUGUAAUGUUUGCCAAUCAAUAUUUGUGCUCGUGGGAGCAGCAGUUUCCACGUGCAAAGGAGUUUAUACCAGAAAGAUGGAUUGUCAAUAAAAGUGAUCCAUUGUACUAUGGACAAGCUCAUCCAUUCGUUUACAGUCCCUUCGGAUUUGGAUCGAGGAGCUGUAUCGGUAAACGUAUAGCUGAACUUGAAAUGGAGACAGUAAUAACAAAAAUUAUAGAGAAUUUUCAAGUAGAAUGGGUUGGUCCUCCACCAGUGCCUACAAGAACGAGCAUCGUCAAUCAUUUGAUCAAACCGUAUAACUUUAAGUUUAAGGAUAUUUAACUAUGUCUAUUGGGUAUGUUAUGAUUCUACCUCGGUAAAUACUUUUUUGUAGGGACAGUUACUAGGGUGCUAUGUUAUUUAU